AUUUAAUAUACUUUUUACAGACACAGCCAGAGCACUGAGAGAUAUCCGGUAUUGAUGUAACUGGAGUGAAUAAGGGAACCUUCUUCCUGAGCACAGACAUUGGAGCCUGUUAUCAGCAUGAACUCAUAUGUGUUAGACAAUCACUUGAAUAGUUCAUACCCAUCCUUCACUACAGGAAGCAUCAGAAUGAUACCGCAAACUCCAAAAGUCUUAGACACUAAUGACUAUUUACAAACAUUGGGGAUAUCACAGCAGAUAUUUAAAGGAGAUGGAGAAUUGGCAGGAAUUGGGCAGCAAUCAUUAUGUACAGAGAGCAAUUUAGUAAUCAAACAAGAGGACAACAUUUAUGCCUUAUCUAGUGAAAUGAUUAUCCCAGAGGAUAAACCACACACAUUUACUGAGUUUUCAAUACAUUUAAAGGAAGGGAGAAGUCUACAGUCUAACCAAAUGAUUCAUACAGAGAAACCAUUCCAAUGUACAGAAUGUGAGAAAAGCUUCACAUGCAAUUUGCAUCUCCUUGAACACCACACAGUUCACACAGUUGUGAAACCUCACACAUGUGCAGAUUGUGGGAGAUGUUUCGCAUCUAGAGGAAGCCUUAUGUAUCACAAAAAGACCCACACAGGGGAGAAACCUUUCACAUGUAAUGAGUGUGGGAGAUGUUUCACAUCCAAGGGAAAUCUCAUAUCUCAUGAAAAGACCCACACAGGGGAGAAACCUUUCACGUGUACAGAGUGUGGGAAAUGUUUUAAAGAAAAGAGUAAUCUGAAAUAUCAUGAAAGAAGUCACACAGGAGAAAAACCUUUUACAUGUACAGAGUGUGGAAAGGGAUUUAGAGAAAAGAAGAAACUGAACAUUCAUGAAAGGAUUCACACAGGGGAAAAACCUUUCACAUGUACAGAGUGUGGAAAAAGUUUUACACAAAAGAGUAAUCUGAAAACUCAUGAAAGGAGUCACACAGGAGAAAAGCCUUUCACAUGUACAGAGUGUGGAAAAGGUUUUACAGAAAAGAGUAAUCUGAAAUAUCAUGAAAGGAGUCAUACAGGAGAAACACCUUUCACAUGUACAGAGUGUGGAAAGGGAUUUAGAGAAAAGAAGAAACUGAACAUUCAUGAAAGCAUUCACACAGGGGAAAAACCUUUCACAUGUACAGAGUGUGGAAAAUGUUUUACACAAAUGGAUCAUCUAAAAACUCAUGAAAGGAUUCACACAGGAGAAAAGCCUUUCACAUGUACAGAGUGUGGAAAAAGUUUUACACAAAAGAAUAAUCUGAAAAGUCAUGAAAGGAGUCACACGGGAGAAAACUGUUUCAUAUGUAAUGAGUGUGGAAAAAGUUUUACACAAAUGAGUAGUCUGAAAACUCAUGAAAGAAUUCACACAGGAGAAAAGCCUUUCACAUGUACAGAGUGUAAAAAAAGUUUUACACAAAUAAUUCAUCUGAAAAAUCAUGAAAGGAUUCACACAGGAGAAAAAACUUUCACAUGUUUAUAAAGUGGAAAAAGGUAUCGUAUGCCAGUCAGGUAUCGCAAAACACCAAAUAUUUACUCACAAAAUAAAAUUUAUAUAUAAUAGAACAGAUCACUCAUUAAACAAAUAUAAACGGUUAUAGUUAUAUCUGCAUCUUUAAGAACAUUUAUGUCAGUGACAUUAUAGAGAAGGAGCAAUCCCUAUUGGGCUGAGAAGGAGGGUAAAAAAUACUACUCCCCCCUCUGUCCUUUUAGACAGACCAUGUCUAACAACUGCCUAACCUCACCCCUUGACCUGGUUCAUUAUUCAGAACACUGGCAACUCCACCUUCCCCUGCCCUGACCUCACUCAUGGAACACCCACAAAUCACCCAGUAUUUCCCACCCUAGAAUCACCACUGAUUUGUGUGCUUAAUUUUACAGUGAGUAUUAUGAAACUAAUAACUUUUUGGCUGUUUAUAUAAAUAGAAGAACCACAGCUGAAAGCUAAAGAUUCUCAUAAUGUCACUGCUUCUUGCCCUCUCAAAACAUCUCACACUGAUGAUUAGUCUGUGAGGAAUAAGACAUCAUGUUCUCACCCAACUGGAUGAGCAUGACCCAGAGAGGGCUGUAUUUGCAUUUGCUUGUGCAAUGUUAAAUGAGGAUGGUUGAUGCCACCACUCUUGCCCAUAAUACAGAUGUACUUGUUUCCUGGCUGAGAACAUUAUCCAUACACACCUUGUUUAAUGUGGCCCUGUAACUUGUUUUCCUCAAUAAUCAGUAAUUUAGUUUACUAUGAUGAAGUAAUGUUUACAUUCUAUGUCAUCCUUUUUAAUUUGUGAUUUACAGGUAAAUAAUUUUAAAAAUACAAAACAGAAGACAUUUUUGAGUAUAAAAAUGUUUUUUUAUUGAGAUAUUAUAAAUGAAUAAACAUUCUUAUUUUU